CUCCUCCAGGACGCACAGAGGACGCGCGUAAAAGCGACCGAGCUGCUUCAUUUCAGCAGUGAACGACAGCGUUGAACUCCUGCAGAGUGUCCCGCAGUAAAGUUUGGACUCUCCUCCGUUUUCUAGGUGCGACUCUUUGUUUUGAACCUCUGUAGCGAAGCGGAGGCGUGUGUUUCCAAGGAUGCUCGGAUUAUCUCAGGAGUGUUUGCUCCACGCUUUGGAUACAUAAUGUGAGGAUUUGUGUCGGAAUAAGUCAGGACGCUGCGUAAAAGGAAUCCCCGAACUCCCCAGUGCGACCAGUAAAGCUCGUUUCCUCCACAGUGCGGAAUGGGGCCGUCAUCUACACUGCUUCUCGUUGCUUUUUUGGGCUGGGCUGAAGGUGGCUCCUCCCUUCACUACUCAGACGGUCGCUCCAGCCGUCUCUCUCUGGAGAAAACCUUCGGCCGGUCGCUCAAAGACUCCCAGUGCCAACACAUGUUGAAGCACCUUCACAAUGGAGCCCGGAUCACUGUGCAGAUGCCUCCCAAUGUAGAGGGUCACUGGGUGUCCACCAGCUGUGAGGUGAGACCAGGCCCGGAGUUCCUGACACGCUCCUACAGUUUCUUCUCCAACAACAGCUUCCAGGCUCACCAGUUCUACUACGAGGACAACCAGUGCACCAAACCCACCUACACCCUGGUGAUCCGGGGCCGCCUACGCUUACGCCAGGCCUCCUGGAUCAUCCGUGGCGGCACGGAAGCGGAGUACCACCUCCACCGUGUCCAGAUGGUUUGUCACACAGCCACCGUGGCCAAAGAGCUCAGCCAGAGGCUCAACCGCAGCUGCAGAGGGGCCGUGAAGGGCCCCUGGGAGCCCGGCGCGAGCUACGAGCUGUGGAGCGAGGAGGGCGGCUACGACUGCUCCAGGGAGCUGAACUUUGCCAUGCACGAGCUGCAGCUGCUGAGGGUGGAGAAGCAGUACCUGCAUCACAACCUGGAUCACCUGGUGGAGGAGCUGUUUCUGGGAGACAUCCACACCGAGCCGUCCCAGAGGCUGUACUACAAGCCGUCCAGCUACCAGACCGCCCUGCAGAACGCCAAGAAUCAUGACCACGGCUGCAUCGCCUGUCGUAUCAUAUACCGCUCAGAUGAGUUCCACCCUCCCAUCCUGCCGCCUCGGGCCGACCUGACUGUGGGGCUGUACGGUCAGUGGGUGAGCCAACGCUGCGAAGUUCGCCCAGAGGUCCUCUUCCUCACCCGCCACUUCAUUUUCCAUGACAACAACCACACCUGGGAGGGCCACUACUACCACUACUCUGACCCCGUCUGUAAACACCCCACCUUCACAAUCUACGCCCGCGGACGCUACAGCCGAGGGCUUCACUCCACCCGGGUCAGGGGUGGGACUGACUUUGUUUUCAAAGUGAACCACAUGAGAGUAACUCCCAUGGACCUCGCCACCACCUCCCUCCUCAACGUCUUUAAUGGUAACGAGUGUGGCGUUCAAGGAUCCUGGCAAGUUGGCGUGGAGCAGGAUGUCACCCUAACCAAUGGCUGCGUUGCCCUGGGCAUCCGGCUCCCCCAUACAGAGUAUGAGCUCUUCCGCAUGGAGCAGGACGCUCACGGCCGCUACCUACUCUACAACGGCCAGCGCCCCAGUGACGGCUCCAGCCCCGACCGGCCGGAGAAGCGGGCCACCUCCUACCAGAUGCCCCUGGUGCAGUGCUCGGCAAGCAGCCAGCCGUCCGAGUACAGCAGAGCGGAUGACAUGGACAGGCCUCUGCUGCACCACAAUGACUGCACGGGAUGGCACAGAGGCUGCCAGCAACACUUCACCGUGGCUCUCGUCACAUUCAUCACAUCUCUGCUUCUCAGCUGGCAAAGCUAAACAGCAGCUCUUCUACAUAAAGACACAACAAGACAAGAGUGUGGAUUACAUUUUUUUUUACUUCUCUGAUGUGAAAGAGAGGAUGAAAACUGGUGCCUCUGAUCCUCUGAACUUCUUCCCAGCUACCAAAGACUCAACACUGCUGCACCACAGAAACUUUAGCACUUUAGAGUGGAACCAAAGACCAACUUCUCUGUGUUUCCACGAUUAUACAAAGAUGUCUUUAUAUCCACACAGACCUGAGAGUAUGAUUUAUACAGUGUAUAUACCUACAACUAUCAAGUCAUUUCUUGGUACUGUAAAAAAAAUAAAGAAAAGAAAAAGGCAUGAUUUGAGGUGUUGGAACUUUUUCUACAAUGAACUCUUGACAAUAUGCUCCCUGUGUCGAGGAGAUGAGCUCAUGAAUAGUCACUGUUUACAGUAAAAGGGAACUACACUACUUAUAUUACAGCAGUUCUUUAAAUAUUGCCCUACAGUAUGGUAAAAUCACCAGCAUUUAUGUCAUCUGUUCAUAAAGAUCAUUGUUAUUUUGGAUACAAUAAUGUCCGUUAUGUUCCAUGUAUUCUAAAUACAUUUUUUUAUACGUUCACUGAUCAGAUAGCUGUAUCUUUACUGGCUGAUACUCGACCCCGUUUACACAUUGGGCUGUUCUGAAAUUGUUAUAUUCAGAUUGGGAAUCUGCACCUGGAUAAUUGGUAUAACAACUAAAAACACAACAACUAAAGACUUUAUAUAUACUGUAAGAAUUUGCAUGAGGACGAGGCACUGUGGCUUGAUUCAACAAAAUUGUAUUAUGACAUGUUCUGGUAAAUACCAAUAGGAUAAAUGUGUGAAAAUAAAGGAUUUACAUUUAAAAUGCCUUUCAAUGAGAUAAAUGUCAUCCCAAUGCCGUCGUCCUCUGGAUGGGGGACCAGUGCCUAUUUGAAAAAUUACCAACAAACUUUCAUAAGAUUUUCAACAGAAAAAGGUAGAAACCCAUCAUGGUGUACUCAAUUUCUGCAAUGUAAAAACUUUCUUAAAAUGUGUUAUCAUUGAUGGUCAGUGGGCACAGACUAAAAACCUGAAACGGAAUCAAAGAAAUGUCUUUUUGUAACUGGACACAUGUAUAAGAUUAAAGGUUUGAAUCUCU